AUGUAAAUUGCUUAACAUUAAGGGUUUAAUUUCAGGAAUAAUCCUGGCUGUCAGGUAAAUUUAUCCCUGCCACACUACAAUUGUGAUUUAUGUUGAACGUCUUCAUUGGAAAGAAUCGUCGUGACAGAGAAUGAUCACAUUUGCUGGAAUGAAACGAAGUGAUCCUGCCAGAAUGGGUUGCAUGCAAAAUGUUGUAUUGUGAUGGGUGGUUGAUAGGUAUAGAUGUUGGUUUUGCCUCCGCCAUGGAGAUUACCCAGGCGGAGAGCCAAAGCCUUAGAAUCAUUCAUCUGUACCACAAUACCCACGUCACCUAUGAAAACACCAAUAACAAUGCCAGGUUAUUACAGUUGGAAUCAGUUCGAGAGGAACUGCUGUGUAAGCGAGCUGUUAGAGGAAUGUGCCCUGGCGGAGGGUAAGCUUAUCCAUGGCCACAUAAUCAAGGCUGCUUUUUACCCUGAUGUUUCGCUCUUAAACCGUCUCGCGAACAUGUAUGCCAAGUGCGGGUGUUUAGAGGAUGCACGACAACUGUUUGAUAAAAUGCAUUACCGAAAUAUUGUUUCAUGGAACAUGAUGAUUACAGGAUAUGCCAAAUGCGGGCAUGGAGAACAACAUUAUGCUCAACUUGAAUCUUUGAAACUGUUUUGCCACAUGCAACUGGAUGGGAAGAAGCCUAAUAGGAUUACUUUUGCAGGUGUUCUCAGUGCGUGCAUUGGAUUAAACAAUGUGCAACAGGGGAAACAGGAGUCACGCCAAGUGUUUGACAAAAUGACUGCGAGAGAUGUAGUUGUAUGGAAUGUGAUAAUCGCUGGCUAUGCGCAGCAGGGUUGUGUAGGGGAGGCAUUGAAGCUUCUUUCACAAAUGCAGUGGGCGGGUUUAAUGCCAGAUGAGUUUACCCUUGGGAGUCUUCUUAGUGUAUGUGGUAGCUUUUUGGCGUUGGAAGAGGGCAAGCAAGUCCAUGUUCACAUAAUCAGAAUUGGACUUGAAUUAAGCACGUUUGUGGGCAGUGCCCUUGUUGAUAUGUAUGCCAAAUGUAAAAAUAUAGAUGUUGCACGCAGAAUUUUUGACACAAUGCUUGUGCAUAGCUCUGUUACGUGGACUGUUAUGAUUGCUGGGUAUGUUCAGAAUGGAUUAGGCGAGGAGGCUCUCAAGCUCUUUUCUCAAAUGCAAAUGGAAGGUGUGAAGCCAGAUCAGUUGACAUUGGCCUCUGUUUUAAGUGCAUGUGCAAAUCUAGCUGCUUUGAAAGUAGGCAAGCAGAUUCAUGCGCACACACUCGCAAGUGGUUUUCUGUCACACUUAUCAGUGGGCAAUGCUCUUGUCACCACUUAUGCUAAAUCUGGGUGCAUUGAAGAUGCCCAUCAAGUGUUCAAUGCUAUGUCUGAAAGAGACUUGGUUUCCUGGACUGCAAUGAUUGGAGGAUUUGCUUAUCAUGGGUUUGGAAAGGAAUCUCUGCAGCUUUUUGAACAAAUGCUGAAGGCAGGCAUGAAGCCAGAUCACAUCACCUUUAUUGGUGUCCUUAAUGCUUGCAGUCAUUCAGGAUUGGUGCAUGAAGGUUAUCAAUAUUUUAACUGCAUGACUCAUGAUCAUAACAUUACACCUAUAGCAGACCACUACGCUUGUAUGAUUGAUCUUCUUGGACGAGCUGGACGCUUGAAUGAGGCAGAUAAUCUCAUGAAAACAAUGCCGUUUGAACCUCAUGCUAAUCUGUGGGGAUCAUUACUUGCUUCUUGUAGAAUCCAUAGUAACCUAGAACUAGGUAUACAAGCAGCUGAAUGCCUUUUCAAAUUGGAACCACAGAAUGCUGCAAAUUAUGUUCUCAUGUCAAACAUCUAUGCUUCAGCUGGUAGGUGGGAUGAUGUUUCUAAAGUAAGAAAAAUGAUGAAGGAUAGAAAUGUAAGAAAAAAUCCAGGUUGCAGCUGGAUUGAGGUAAAGAACACAGUGCAUUCGUUUGUUGCAGGAGACCGAUCUCAUCCACAAGUAGAGGAGAUUUAUGAAAUGCUGGAGAUACUUGCCAGACAGAUGAAGGCGGCGGGAUAUGUGCCUGACACAAAUUUUGUUCUGCAUGAUGUAGAAGAUGAAUAUAAAGACAACUUUCUUAUCUAUCACAGUGAAAAGCUGGCACUUGCUUUUGGUCUUAUCAGCAUUCCUCAUGGGAUUCCAAUCAGAAUUGUAAAGAAUCUUCGUGUGUGUGGUGACUGCCACACUGCCAUCAAGUUCAUUUCAAAAAUUGCUGGGCGAGAAAUAAUAGUUAGGGAUGCCCACCGCUUCCAUCAUUUUAAAGAUGGACUGUGCUCUUGUGGAGAUUAUUGGUAACAUUGUCAAGCAACUGUAUUAUGAUUUACCAUAGUCUAUUUCAGUCUGAAGCAUGGAUUUUUGAUAAAUAAUUUCUGAUAGAAAUGAAGAAACCACAAUGAAAAUUAGAGUGCUGAUGGAUACUAAGUAAAAUUUCUUGAUGGUCAUGCUAAAUGCCAUGAAAUAAAUUUUAUGCUAUUUUGAGCCUAGGGGAUGGCCACAAAUUGUUGGAGUUUUAGGAAUACAGGAAAUAAGUUGGCAAAAGGUAAAAUGAAGCCACCUAGAAGAAGAGAGACGAAAUUAAAACAUUAAAGAAAUUUUCAGAUUGUGCAUUGUAUCAACAUUUUUUUGUUCUAUGUUACUGGGAAUGUUAUCCCACUGAAUUUACUACAGUUGAACAUAUUCCCGUAGAAUGUGAUUUCAACUAUGUUGCAGAGAUGAUGAUAGACCGACCUUGCCAAGAAAAAAUAUGACUUUUGAGGAGAUGCUCAUAUGUGGAGAGUGUGUUUGCAUAUUCAGGUUCCUCCACGGAAUUUGUAGCAGUAUGAUUCAGCUGUCUUCUGAUCUUUUGACAUCGAUUUUUAGAAUGACCAUAGUCUAUUUUUUCCCCAAAAUGUAUUGUUAGUUCCUCAUGUUAGCGAUAGAAAAAAAAUAGUCUUCUGUAA